UUGGAAAUGAAAUAUGCGUUCACAUGGCGCUGCCUGGCGAAUACUGCGAUGAUGGGAUAAACGUCUACCAGGCCUAUAUACUUGUGAUCGGAUUUGAUUUUCUUCAGAAACAGCUGGCUAAAGCUAUUUUUUUCCCACUCGCUUUCUGGUUGCAAGUAGAAAAGACGAGCAGAGCAACCAUGUCGAGCAGUUAGCAAGGUGUUUGAAUCCAGAUAACAUCUCUCCACCAAACAAGAUACGGAAUGCUUGGCCAUAAACUUUACGGCUCUCCCCUGCACACUCCCCGUGACGGCGAGUGUUGCCUGGAUGGGGAAGGCGUUGACACCGGCGUGUGGUGUGCAAGUGAAAUUCCUAACGACCUAGUGUUAGGAUCAUUCGAAGGGGCGCUGCGUCUGGGGGACGGCAUGAAAGAUGAACGUCAUCGACCAUAUAUGCUGCAGAUUCGAUAUGUAGAUGGUAAAAUAACAACCAAUGAUGAUGUGCCGUGGAUACGAUUUAUUAGUGCCGCUCGUAAUGACGUCGAACAAAAUACAGAAGCAACCACUGACACAAACGGACAAGUUAUAUUACGAACAACGAGGCGAAUAUCAGUCGGCGAAGAGCUGCUCGUCUGGUACUCGGACAAGUUACAACAACUCAUGAAUAUCCCACAAGUACUUCCAUCACGAGAUCACACAGGUCAGAUCAACUACGUGUGUCAGUAUUGUUGCAAGAGGUACCAACAUCCUAAUACGCUGAAGUCGCAUUUACGAUUUACGUGUGUCAGAGCUUCAGUGUCAGCCGCUAUGCUCCUCUCGUCAUGCCAACCGAUUCCGCGUCCGAAAAACAUGUUAGAUUUACCGACGCAAUGGUCUACGAAAUCAGCAAAUUGUUUAGGGUCACGAUUAGAUAUUAAUUUACUGAGAUCACUGGCGGACACGGUGACACACAGUGGGCCACAGGUAGGAUUUCGAGCAUUUAAACCAAUAAGUAGAUGCACUGAACAUGCUAAAAGUGCUUUCAAAGCUCACCAAAAUCAUCGCUCUUCCGUUGAAGAUGCUUCAAAUAAACUGCAAAUUUCAACGCCAAAAUCAGAAGCAUCUACUAAACUCCAUUCCACAAAUUCUGGUAUUUCCUCAUUAAAUUAUGAUUUGACAUCAAGUUUGCAUUCUCGAUUACAUAAUUCUAUUCCGUCAUUAGACUUCGCUGGACCAUUUACGGAUGCGUCCUUUAGAAAUCAUUUGAACACGUCUUCAUGCGUCAUGUAUGGUUGCCCUUGCUAUCUCCAUCGUCAUCAAGACAUUCUCAGCCCGGUCGAACCAUUACCGCAUCACCAAUAUCCACUUGACUGUCGAUUGACCGGCACAGACCGUAGGUCGAGCACUUCAAGUGUAGAUGCCACACGACGUUGGCCGUUUUACAGCUUUUUACAGCAUCCAGUAGGCAACUGGACAAAAAACCGCCAAAACCCGUCUUCCACUGAGCCGCAUGUACCUGCUGAUACUUCGCAAUCAAAGAGCAAAAGAGGACAUUUAUGCAUCUACUGUGGAAAGUUUUACUCCAGAAAGUAUGGACUGAAGAUACAUCUAAGAACGCAUACGGGUUACAAACCACUAAAAUGUAAAGUAUGUCUGCGUCCAUUCGGUGACCCAAGCAACCUUAACAAACACACAAGAUUGCAUGCUGAAGGAGAAACGCCGUACCGCUGCGAAUUCUGUGGCAAAGUGCUGGUGCGCAGACGCGACUUGGAACGACACAUCAAAUCCCGCCAUCCGAUGGAAACAUCCCAGAAUAUAGACGAUGAUUUGAUAAAUGUGGAAGAUAUUACGUCAUCAAGUUUAAUAUGCGACGAUGAUUCUGAUGAUGAACCGACGACAUUAUUGAAAGAUUCAAUAGAAACAGAAUCGUGCGAUAAUAAAAUAAGCCAAAAUGUUAAAUAAGUCCUAAUAUGUAUUUUUUAUGACAAACUCUCGAGAAAACAGUAGCUUGGGCCACAAUUUUGAAUCAAGGAGUUGUAAAAUACUUGCUUAAACAAUAUUCCGAUCGAAAACACCAGGCUAAUUGAGAUAUCAAAAUAGUUUGUUAAAAUACGAUAGUAAAUGUAAACCAUAUUAAAUCAAUUUGAUAGACCUAA